UGUGAUGCGGCUCGCCACCCCAUCGCGUUGCCAUCGCCGGAGGACCUUCAAAACCCUAGCAAAUCCCACAUCCCUCCCUCUCUACCUCAUCCCCCAUUCCCCACCCGCUGCCCGUCGCCGGCGUUAGGAUGGACAACCGACGGCCACCCAGGACGGUCAGCGACCCCAAGGUCCGGCAAGUGGGCUUCGUCACCCCCGGCGCCGCCCCGCCCGCCCGCUACCUCUCCGAAGCCCCCACCGCCGCGGCUGCCUCUUCCCCUCCCUCCGGAGACACCGGCCCCCCUGCUAUCUCCACCUCCCCGGUCAUGAUCCCCCCGCCACGCCACUCCCCCUCCGCUCCCCUCGCCGUCCCCAACCCCGCCCGCCGCGACAGCCUUCAGAUCCAGGUCGGCGGAUAUAACGCCCCGGAAGUCCUCCUUGAGUCGCCCCCCUUGACGUCGCCGUCCAGCCGGAUGGACGACGCGGUCUCCCAGUUCUCCGAGGAUCCUGCUAUGUCUCCAUGUAAUGGUCGGAGUGGGGCGGCAAAGGUUGCGUCUUCCUUCCCUGGGAGUAGCGGUGAAAUGAUGGUGAUGAAGGCUGGUAUUGUUGGUGGCGGCAGCAAUACUCCGAAGAGCUCGUGGACGACUGCAUCGGUGGCGAAGACACGGCCUGGUAUUUCAGAAAAAGAAAGAGGAGCUGUUGUGGGGAUGCAAAAUGAUGGGGCAGGGGUAUCAAAGACACUCAAGGAGAAAACAACAAAAGCUGAGAGGCGUGCCCUCCAAGAGGCCCAACGUUCUGCAAAAGCUGCAGCAAAGGAAUCUGGUGCUGGAGUCAAGCUUUCAGCUGCACCAGGAGGUGCAGUUCCUGCAAACAUAAAGCAGGGUAAAGUUGUCAAGCCUCCUGCACAAAAGAAAGAUGGGCCUCAAGUUGCAAAUCCAUCUGUAUCUUCCGAAAAGAAGGUCGUUGAUCGACCUCCUGAAAAGGAUCGGAAGAAGGACGUUCCUCCUCCACGUAUGCAAUUUGAUGAUAUCCAUAGGGUUGAAAAAGCAAAACGACGUGCAGUGGUUUAUCAAUUUGAAGCUAAAAACAGAGUUGAAUUGUUCCGGCAUUUACCUCAAUAUAUACAUGGAACUCAGCUUCCAGAUCUUGAAACAAAGUUCUUUCAACUUGAUCCAAUGCAUCCUUCUGUUUACAAGGUUGGACUUCAGUACUUGUCUGGUAAUAUAUCAGGUGGCAAUGCUCGUUGUAUUGCAAUGCUUCUUGCAUUCCGAGAGGCAAUCCGAGAUUACUCUACACCCCCUGAAAAGGCACUUGUUCGAGAUUUGACUGCAAAAAUAAGUAGUUAUGUGUCAUUUCUAAUCGAGUGUAGACCUCUUUCAAUUAGCAUGGGAAAUGCUAUCAGGUUUUUAAAAAAUAGAAUUGCUAAAUUACCAGAUACAAUGCCGGAAUCAGAAGUGAAAUCUAGUCUUCAAUCUGACAUUGAUCGUUUCAUAAAUGAGAAAAUAGUGAUUGCUGAUAAGGUUAUAAUUAGGCAUGCUGUUACCAAGAUCAGAGAUGGGGAUGUUCUCCUAACAUAUGGAUUAUCUUGUGUUGUUGAGAUGCUAUUAGUAUACGCCCACGAGGUUGGGAAACAGUUCCGUGUUGUUAUAGUUGAUUCUCGCCCAAAGCUUGAAGGGCAGGUAUUGUUCCAUAGAUUGGUGGCCAAGGGCAUUAACUGCACAUACACACAUGUAAAUGCAAUUUCAUACAUCAUGCAUGAAGUCACACUGGUUUUUCUAGGAGCUGCCUCAGUGCUGUCCAAUGGAACUGUUUACUCAAGAGUUGGUACAGCUUGUGUAGCUAUGGUUGCAAAUGCUUUCCGGGUUCCCGUUCUAAUAUGCUGUGAGGCUUAUAAGUUUCAUGAAAGGGUACAACUUGAUUCUAUAUGUUCAAACGAGCUAGGUGAUCCAGAUGUCAUUUCAAAAGUUCCUGGACGGAAAGAUUUAAACCAUCUGGAUAAUCGGGCUGACAUUGAGAAUCUGCAGCUUUUAAAUCUUACUUAUGAUGCAACACCUUCUGAUUUUGUGUCAAUGAUUAUCACGGAUUAUGGGAUGCUCCCACCUUCCAGUGUGCCAGUCAUUGUGCGAGAAUACCGCAGGGAGAACUUAUGGAUUUAGAGGCCUCCUCAUUCCAAUUGCCAAUGCAGUAUUCGGGAAGAAUAACCUGCUAGCAUCGCAAGCAAUCGGAAGCUGCGAUAAGAAGGAUAAGGUAUUGAUGGUGGAUAAAGCAUGAUUAUAGGUUCUCCUUCUUGCCCUUUUACCUUUUUGACCUUAUGUUUCAUUUCUCUUUUUCAAUUGCCCUUUUUCAUUUCUCUUUCCUUAUGUUUUCCAUUUAUUAUCUUCUCUUGCACUCUUCACUUUAUACUUGCUGCUUUUAUUCUCUUUUCCCAUGCAUGUGUGAAGCAUUGCUUUGAAUGACCAAUAAUUCUUAUUUCUGUAAUGAACUUACUGUUAUAUUGUUAGGAAUCUCCUUACUAGCAUGAAUUAGCUAAGUUAUGCAAUUGCAACAACAAAAUGUAACAGCUCAACUAUGUGAGGUUGGCUACAUAAAUUUUGUCCCAUCAUUGAGCUUUGUUGAGGGCAAUAUCAGUAAAAAUAAGAACCAACAAAUCACAUUAUGAAUCCUAAUUGACUUAUCUCACUUAAACAGUGGAUCUAUAAUUCUCUCUUAAAUAUGUGAUCAUACCAUCUUAAAUAUUUGAAGUUUUAUCAUAAUCAAAAGCUAUUCCUACUUAUUCACAUAUGCAAAUAUUUCUUAUUCUAUCUUUUCCAGAAAUUUCAUACAUUUAUCUUUAUGCUUGUUAGGAAAUUUUCUGUCACAUGGACAGUUUCCCUAUUUUGUACUUGUAAAUUGAAUGAUUUUCAAACUCUGAGGAUAACCACGAUCAAAGUUGGAGCAUUGUAUCCUGCCUUUUGAUAUAUUGUUUGUUUGACAAGGAGCCCGUUUAUGGCUCUUAUAGGUUAUUUCUUUUAUGUUGUACCUAGAGGCAGUGAGACUAACUACCUCUUGGACAGAUGUAUGAAGUGAAAUUAUGAAUUAUCCGGAUAGGUAACCAAUUUAAGAAAUGAUACAUGCCGGAAGAUGACAGCUAAAAACUGUUUGAAACAAGAAAUGAGAAAUUAAUACAAGUAGAUAAGCAUCUAUGCAUUUUAAAAUGUGAUAAAAAUGUUGGAUGACGUUAUUCUCAUGUGAUGAUUCAUCUCUCCCCUGUAAAUCAAUAAUCACAGAAUUAUAUAUGUGAAAGAGGAAGGUACACAUUUGCAACAUGUUAGCUAUUGGAUUUCCAGAUACUAUUGAAAUCUGGAUUGAACAAGUGUCAAGUUUCCUACAAGUCUUGGAAAAUGAAUUGAAUGGUUACUAAAUUGGGUUCCUGCAGAAAUGGCAAGUCAUGGGAGAAACAGGCUCUUUGUGACUUGGCUUAUCUGGAGGCUAGUGUAUAUUCUAAAUGUCUGCACAACAAGGACUAAAAUCUGAAAGGGUCAUAGUGGCUAUGGUUAACAAAGUAUUACAGUUCUGUGAACUUACCUCAUCAAAAUGCCUAAUCUCAGGCAGGAAAGUUCUCUAUUAGGUUAGUUGUUAUGGUUCACAGCUAACUCUGUGUAGAUUGGCACUUGUCUUUCUUGAUUCAUUGCCACAUUAUGUCAAUAAUGCUAUUGCUUAUUCAUUUUGGAAAGGUACUGGUAUUUAGAACAUAGUUCUUAUUGUGACAUGCUAUUGAUCCAGUUGAUUUUUGGAUCUGCUUACAUCAAUUAUCUAUUGCCUCAUUAAUAUAGUUGACAUUUCAUUACCUCUUAGUACUGUGACUUAAAGUUUGUCUUUUUAUCAUCCACAUGGUUUGCCCAAUUAGUGUGUUCCUGUUGUGGAGGCACCUCCAUAGUUGAAAUGGUUGUUUCUUGUUGGAUCCUUUUUUGUGUUUUUUGGAAAUCAAAGAUGCAGUCUAUGGAAUAUUUAAUGAUUAGACCAUUUUCCUUAUCAGCUAUUGCCCCUGUUCAUCCUCUCGUUUUUCAUAUUUCCUCGGUGUGGAUUUUGUUGCCAAUAAUUUUUUUCUUAUUUGUUGGCCAAUAAGAGUAUUUGCUGCCUGCCACCCCUUGGUAUACUGGUCACCAUGUUUGUUUACUAAUUUUUUUUGUUGUUUGUGUGCUUAGCAUAUACAACAACAACAAAAUCUUGAGUCCCAACUAUUUGGGAUCGGCUAUAUGGUUCUUUUAUCAUUAUUGAGAUUUGUAAGAAAUUAUAUGUUUAGUUAAGUCCAAAAUACUUAUUUUAUCUCUUUUGAUUAUCGCAUUCGGAUGUCUCCUAAGUACAUUGAUAUGUUUUGCAUAUGCUGGUAGUUAUUUCUGUGGAUAAGCUGCCACAAACAAUUAAAAUAGACUGCCUUUAGAAAUUUUUUGCUGGAAUAUAGACAAAGAACCAGCUCAUCUGUAAACAGUAGUUCC